UUAGUGCCGCAAUGCGCAUGCUCCGUGUUUUAGCCGGUUAUGGCGGCGGUGUGUGUUUGUCCAUGAGGUGGGGGACGCCUGCUAAUCCUGCGGUCUGUGACAGAGCGAUCCGAGUGAAGCCCUGCCAUGGCUGGAGUGUUUGAUAUUGAUUUGGAUCAGCCGGAGGAAAAUGUCUCCGACGAUGAGAACGAGGAGGCGCAACUCAAUGAUAUCAUGGACCAGUGCAGUGGGUUUGAGUUCAACAUGGACGACUGUGAGAAAAUUGAGAUAUCGGAGGACAAUGUCAAUCAGGGGACGGAGAGUAUUCGACCAGAGUGCUUUGAGCUACUGCGGGUUCUGGGGAAGGGAGGUUACGGAAAGGUUUUUCAAGUUCGAAAAGUAGUUGGAGCUGCAUCAGGCAAGAUAUUUGCAAUGAAAGUUUUAAAAAAGGCUAUGAUUGUACGGAACGCAAAGGACACAGCCCAUACCAAGGCAGAGCGGAACAUCCUGGAGGAGGUGAAGCAUCCCUUCAUUGUAGACCUAAUAUACGCCUUUCAGACGGGAGGAAAGCUGUACCUCAUCCUGGAGUACCUGAGUGGAGGAGAACUCUUCAUGCAGCUGGAGAGGGAGGGCAUCUUCAUGGAAGACACAGCCUGUUUUUACUUGGCAGAAAUCUCCAUGGCACUGGGCCACCUGCACCAAAAGGGCAUCAUCUAUAGAGACCUCAAGCCUGAAAAUAUCAUGCUAAACAGCCAAGGCCAUGUGAAGCUGACAGACUUUGGGCUGUGUAAAGAGUCCAUUCAUGAUGGCACGGUCACCCACACCUUCUGUGGUACCAUUGAAUACAUGGCCCCAGAAAUUUUGAUGAGAAGUGGACACAACAGAGCAGUGGACUGGUGGAGUCUGGGAGCUCUGAUGUAUGACAUGCUCACAGGAGCGCCACCGUUCACAGGCGAAAAUCGAAAAAAGACCAUUGACAAGAUUUUGAAGUGCAAGCUCAGCCUCCCGCCCUACCUCACACAAGAAGCAAGAGAUCUCCUGAAACGGUUGCUGAAGAGAAACGCCUCGUCGCGACUGGGAGCGGGAGCAGGAGACGCCACCGAGGUGCAGGCCCAUCCCUUCUUUCGACACAUAAACUGGGAGGAUCUGCUGGCCCGAAAAGUAGAGCCUCCCUUCAAACCAUUCCUGCAAUCAGCAGAGGAUGUGAGUCAGUUUGACUCAAAGUUCACCAGUCAGACACCAGUUGACAGCCCGGAUGACUCAACCCUCAGUGAGAGUGCCAAUCAAGCCUUCCUGGGUUUUACAUAUGUGGCUCCCUCAGUUCUGGAAAACAUCAAAGAAAAAUUCUCGUACGAGCCAAAAAUCCGCUCGCCUCGACGGAUCAUGGGCAGCCCAAGAACACCCCUCAGUCCAGUGAAGUUCUCAGGCGGGGACUGCUGGCCCCGGAGCCCUCUCAGCAGAGGCCCAGGUGCCCUCCAGUCUCUUCAGGACCAGGCCAUGGAAGUGUCCACCCCAGAGCAGAUGGACGUUACCACCAGCUCCGAGGCCUCGGCCCCUCUUCCCAUUCGUCAGCCCACUGGAGUCAAUCUGGCUCAGAUGAAGCAGCAGGCCUAUCCUGUCGUGGCUAAACGGCCUGAGCAUCUACGUAUGAACCUAUGACCCCCUUGCCUCUUUAGGAGAGUUUAUUUCUUGACUUUUUUUUUUGUUUGUUUUGAUAUUUUUUAAAAAAACAAAGCAAAAAGAUACGGAUGCCAGAGACAAUGAAAAUCUAAAUUGCACAUCUGCACACUACAUAUACUGUCACAACCUGGGGUUUGUGCGUGAAUGUGGAACUCCAGUGUGCUGCAGUUAAGAGCUACCGACUAUAUCACCAUCUCGCCACUUCUCCGACGACACCUCAGGUCUCAUGGCCUUUACCUUCCGAACCCCCCUUUCCUUUCUGAACUGGACUAGUAGGGCUUGGAAAUCUAGAGCUACAUCCUUUGUGAAAUCUAGAAAUCAACGGCAGAGAUAAUGUAUCACACAGUAUGCAAGUUGAUUUAAAAUGAAAUGCAGUCAGGCUACUGUAAACCAUAACGUCCAAAGUGCUUUGUACUAUCUGAAUGAGUGCCAGAGAGAAGAUUAACGUCUGCUGGGAGGGUUUGACAGUAGAAGUAAAGGAUACUUCCUGGCCGUGAAUGAAACAUGAAUUAGGUUUAUUGCUGAAAGCGAACAAAAAAGAUUGAGCAAUGGACAAAGAGAUUCUACAAUUGAUGAAUAUAGCUUUAUAUCUUUUACAAAAUGAAUGCAUUAACUGUGCUAUACAUCAAUAAUGAACCAGAACCUAAAUUAAAAAGAAAAACACAUUUCAA